GUGGCCUACACUUUCGAAUAUGCCAGUGGUUUUAUGAACACGCUCUGCCUGCGGUGUUGACUUCUUCUUGUGGCACUGACCAGCGGCGUCUCUUAUCAUUCAUUACACUACCAUGCCGCUCUCGUCUCUUCUCCGCACUUCGUCCCGCCUGGGGCCGCCAGUGGCUCGGAGGUUCAGAAGAGCGGCCUCCACCGUGUCCUCCACGGCCCCCAAGUCCCAAAAAUCCUUGGACUCGAUUCUUAUUGCGAAUAGAGGAGAAAUUGCAUUACGUGUUGGACGGACCGCUGCUGAACACGGAAUCCGAGUAACGACGCUCUACACUGAUCCGGAUAGCAAGGCGCAACACGCGCUGAGCUCGCCCUUUGCCUUUAACCUGGGAUCUGUCUCCGCUUACCUCGACGGAGAUCGAAUUAUUGAGAUUGCCAAGAAGGAAGGCUGCCAAGGGAUACACCCAGGUUACGGCUUUCUGAGUGAGAACGCGGCCUUUGCGCGAAAAUGCACGGAGGCUGGGAUGGUCUUCAUUGGCCCUCCGUGGAAGGCCAUCGAAGACAUGGGAGAUAAGAGCCAAUCCAAGAAGAUCAUGACCGCGGCUGGUGUGCCGUGUGUACCGGGAUAUCAUGGUGAUAACCAGGAUGUCAACUUUCUCGAAACCGAGGCCGACAAGAUCAAAUACCCCGUGCUGAUUAAAGCGAUCAAGGGAGGCGGCGGCAAGGGAAUGCGUAUCGCUCACACCAAAGCCGAAUUCCAAGCCCAGCUGCAGUCCGCAAAAUCAGAAGCACUCAAUUCAUUUGGGGACGAUCAGGUGCUGGUGGAGAAAUACAUCACCACCCCCCGUCACAUCGAAGUCCAAGUGUUCGCUGAUAAGCACGGGAACUCUGUUGCUCUGGGCGAACGGGAUUGCAGCAUACAACGAAGACACCAGAAGAUUCUCGAGGAAUCUCCGGCUCCUCAUCUACCUGAUGCAACGAGGAAGGACAUCUGGGCUAAAGCCCGAUCGGCCGCAUUGGCUGUCGGCUACGAAGGUGCCGGCACCGUUGAGUUCAUCUUUGACAACGACACCGGCGAAUUCUUCUUCAUGGAGAUGAACACUAGACUCCAGGUGGAGCACCCGGUCACCGAAAUGGUUACCGGACAGGAUCUUGUGCACUGGCAGCUCAAGGUAGCAGAAGGCGCUCCACUUCCGUUGAGUCAGGAAGAUGUGGAGGCAUUCAUGGCAAGCCGCGGACAUGCCAUCGAAGCUAGAAUCUACGCGGAGAACCCUGACCAGGGGUUUAUCCCGGACUCUGGCACCCUGCUCCAUGUCCGUACUCCCGCCACCACCGAUGAUGUUAGGAUUGACGCGGGGUUCGUCGCGGGCGACGAUGUCUCGGCGCAUUAUGAUCCAAUGAUUGCGAAAUUGAUUGUGAGAGGCAGCACGCGGGAAGAGGCGAUCCGCAAGCUUGCAGCUGCGCUGGAGGAGUAUGAAAUCGCAGGUCCAAUCACGAACAUAGAAUUCCUGAAGACCAUCUGCCGGAGCCCUGGUUUCAUCAGCGGAGAUGUGGAAACCGGGUAUAUCGAGAAACAUCGCGAAGAGUUAUUCACAAGGGAGGCCAUUGCGCCCGAGGUGUUGGCUCAAGUGGCCCUGGCCUGUCUCCACCAUGAUUCCGAACCUGGAACGGGAACGCAAGCCGAAUUUGAGGGUUCUGCUGUAGGCUUUGGCCCGGGGUACCAGGCACGUCAGAUCUCAUUGGCCGAGCUAAGUCCCGGGACAAAGAACGACUCGAAGUUUGAUGUUCGGGUCCAACAAACGGGGUCCAACACGUUCAAUAUCGACGUUGGAAGACACUCAUUUGAACAAGUUGUGAGCCAUAGAGAUCCGACCUCCCGGGUUGUCACCUCCUUCUUCCCACACACCCGCCUGGACACUACGGUGAUCCGCGACGAGGACACAAUCAUCGCUUUCCAACGAGGGACGCAGUAUCGGUUGGCUAUACCCCGGGCCAAGUGGAUGGAGAAGGCAUUGGGAAUGAAGGACGUGACGAACAGCGUUCUCGCACCAAUGCCGUGCAAGGUACUGCGAGUCGAAGUCCAGGCGGGCGAUGUGGUUGAAAAGGAUCAGCCCCUGGUCGUGAUCGAGAGUAUGAAGAUGGAAACGGUCAUCCGCAGUCCGCAGAGGGGAACCAUCUGUAAAGUGGUACACCAACAAGGAGACCAAUGCAAGAGCGGAACACCGCUGGUUGAAUUUGAAGAAGAGAGCGGUGAGUAAGGAAUGCGCAGUCACGAGGCUGCAUCGACAGCGACGAUGAGAAGUGGUCAUUUGUGGUGGAAACAAAAUCUGGGGCUUAUGGAAUAAUGGCUUGGAUGCAUGUAUGGAGUUACUGCAGAGUAUAGUGUAGACGACUUAUCUCCGGUGACAAUGAUAAAUGGACACGAAUCAUUGCAACGGAAGACCCGUCGCCGUGUCCAGAUAGGGUAGGCGCGGAAGCUAGGUCCCGGGCCUGAAUGUCAUGGGGACACCUAAGACGCAAUACCCCAGUCCAGCCUUUUCGGCAUAACGAUAUGACCCGUGUAGCAAUCUGACUAUCUUCAUCCCCGGCACGGCACUGCAGUCUGCACAAACCCACUGGGGCAAACUCUUUCGCCCACGCAGCCAUUCAUCUAAUUUCGGAC